UCUCGGCCACUACCUCGGUAUUGCAGGCUGUAGCCACUGGUCCUCCGACGCGGUGCGGCAGAUCUCUGCGGAUCGCGUUCGUCCCGGUCUCGUCCUCAUGGCGGACAAGAAACUGGUGGUGGUUUUUGGAGGCACAGGUGCCCAGGGUGGCUCCGUGGCCCACACGCUCCUGGAAGAUGGGACAUUCAAGGUUCGAGUGGUGACCCGAAACCCUAGGAAGAAGGUAGCAAAGGAGCUGAGGUUGCAAGGUGCAGAAGUAGUGCAGGGAGAUCAAGAUGACCGGGCCAGCAUGGAACUGGCCCUGACUGGGGCUCACGCCGCCUUCAUCGUGACCAAUUACUGGGAGAACUGCAGCCAGGAGCAGGAGGUCAAGCAGGGAAAGCUGCUGGCUGAUGUGGCCAAGUGCCUGGGCCUCCACUAUGUGGUCUACAGUGGGCUGGAGAACAUCAAGAAGCUGACGGCUGGGAGACUGACCGUCGCGCACUUCGACGGCAAAGGGGAGGUGGAGGAAUAUUUCCGGGACAUCGGCGUUCCCAUGACCAGUGUGCGGCUGCCCUGCUAUUUCGAGAACUUCCUCUCCCACUUUUUGCCCCAGAAAGCCCCAGACGGAAAGAGCUACUUGCUAAGCUUGCCCACAGGUGACGUUCCCAUGGAUGGCAUGUCCGUGUCUGACCUGGGUCCCGUGGUGCUCAGCCUGCUGAAGAUGCCAGAAAAAUACGUCGGCCAGAACAUCGGGCUGAGCACUUGUAGACACACAGCCGAGGAGUAUGCUGCCCUGCUCACCAAGCACACCCGCAAGGUCGUGCACAACACCAAGAUGACUCCUGAGGACUACGAAAAGCUUGGCUUUCCUGGGGCCCAGGACCUGGCCAACAUGUUCCGUUUCUAUGCCCUGAGGCCUGACCGUGACAUCGAGCUGACCCUGAGACUCAACCCCAAGGCCCUGACGCUGGACCAGUGGCUGGAACAGCACAAAGGGGACUUCGCCCUGCUGUGACCUGCCUGCCUUGCAGCCCCUUGUGGGGGUUGGGGGCGUACCAGAGGGGUAGAGGCACCAUCAUCCUUCCCUAUGUUACCAAAAAACUUUCUGAAUAAAGCCAGUUUUCU